AUGAAUCUUACAGAGGUUGACCAAACUGACCAGUGUCUCAGGUUUUCCUGUCCAGAGAGAUCUGUAUCUACAGUAUAUGUGUUUCUGUAUGUGUCUGCAGCUGCUGUAGUUCUGCUAACAGUGUGUGGAAAUCUGCUCAUCAUCAUCUCUGUUUGUCACUUCAAGCAGCUCCACACACCGACUAACAUGCUCAUCCUCUCUCUGGCUGUGUCAGACUUUCUGGUCGGAGUCCUUGUGAUGCCAGCAGCAUUAAUAUGGAUGAUUGAAUCAUGUUGGAUUUUUAGUGCAGUUUAUUGUUUAUGUAAUAUUUUGUUUUCUUAUCUUCUCACAGCUACAUCAACAUUUAAUGUUGCUCUCAUUGCAGUUGAUCGGUAUUUUGCUCUCUCUAAUCCGUUUCUCUACACUAAAAUUGUCUCUGUGAACACGAUGUGCAUUGUGGUUUUAUGUUACUGGUUUGUAUUAAUGUUUUACAGUCUAGCACUUCAGUACUUCAAUGGACACUUCACACAACCAGUAAUGUGUCCUGGACACUGCUUUUUGGACUCAGAUGAAGUCUGGUUUUUGGUUGAUUUUCUGUUUACAUUUGUUUUGCCGUGUGCUGUUAUAGUCAUACUGUAUGUUCUGGUUUUUGUUAUUGCAAGGAAACAUGCCACUGCAAUCAGAGACCUUCAUAUUCAAACUAGGACAUCAAAGAACAUGACAGACUCUAUGAAAUCAGAGAGAAAAGCAGCUAAAGUACUUGGGAUUUUGGUGUCUGUUUUUCUAGGAUGUUUAUUUCCAUAUUUUGUUUCUACUUUAUUAGGUAAUUUUAUAGAAAUUGAAAUGGGAUCGUUUCAAAAACUCUUGAUGAUGUUUUAUCUUAAUUCCACUAUUAAUCCAGUUAUUUAUGCUUUGUUUUAUCCGUGGUUUAGGAGGUGUGUUAAACUCAUUUUAACUUUUAAAAUAUUCAACACAGAUUCUUCACUGAUGAAUGUUCUUUGA